UCUUGUUUCAACGUGAGUGGCAUAGCCGCCCGGAUUCAAGACUUGCUUUAACGUGAGUGGCUCUGCCGCCCGGAAGCUUGCACUAAGUAAGUAGAAAUAAAAAGGGACUAAUCAACUACACCAAAGUAGUUGGUAUAGGUGAAUAGGCCCUCUCGUAGUGUGUUAGGUCCACCUCGAAUUCUCUACAAUGUCAGUCCCUAACCGAGGUAUCUAUUUCGCCCGGACAAAACAUAAACCUCCGUAAACUAAAAGAAAAACAAGUCAAUAGAAGAACAUAGGUCAUACAGGUUGCAAACAUCGGAUCGAUCAAAUUUGAAUACUCCCUCCGGUUCUAAAUUGUUGUCGAAAUAUUACAUGUGUCUAGACGCUUUUUAAGAAUAGAUACAUCAAUAUUUGGACAAAUUUGAGUCAGAAUUUAGGAUCAGAGAGGGAGUAACAUUUAAGCCUAAUUGUAAUCUAGGAAGCGACGUCGCUGGCGAGCUCACCUGUUCAAUUGGACACCGAUUCGGAGAUGACGGUCAGCCGCUGGAGCUCCACCUCCGCGCGCUACGAUGCCGUCCUCCUCCCAAGGAGGCGAGGUAGGCCCGCUCGAGCUCGCGUGAUGCGGCGGGUGGCUUCCGAUUUAAAGGCAAAAGAUGCCGGAAAUAGAACCGAUUUCUGCACCUGAAUUCAGUCUCGACUCGGUAUUGGAUUGCAGACCGCGAAUUCAGUCUCGGCUCGGAAUAGGAUCGCAGUUACUCUCUGGACCCCGUUAUAUUAUGAGUCAUGUUCCUCCUGACCCGUCGUACAUACAGAUACAGUACGAGUAGUUCCGUCUGCCCGCCCGAUCCACCGUCCAUGCCGAACUCUUACGUCAGGCCUUCAUCCUUCCGCCCGCCGGCUGUGCCCGACCCUGCCGGCGCCUCCUGCGCCCGCGCUUGUGUCCUCCUCGAUCCUGUGGGUUACCUCGUCCGCCGCGAGAACGCCACGACGGCUCAAGCCAGGACGAGCACAGGCCAGGUCGUCCAGGUGUCCUUCACCCUAGCUGACCCGCCGGCCGUCUCGUAUAUGUGCGUCCUCUGCCCCGGCCUCGAAGGAGACGACUUCGACGUAGAGCCCAGCGUACGCUGCGCCGAUGGGCCCUUCGUCCUCCUCGCCGUCUCAUUGACCUUCGAUCCCAGCAGGCCCGUUUGUGGUUCGGGCUUCCGCGAGUAUUUCAUGUACACGGCCGGCCCAGGGAAGCCGUCGCUCAAACUGAUCCCGGGCCCUCCCUGCCAUGGUCCUCUGGCCUUAUUGCACCGCGCCGAGCAUGGCAUCAGUAGCGGCCCGCAACACCACUUUGUCAUCGCUGCCCUCGAGAUGAACCUCAGCCACUACUCCCUGCCGGGCGCGCGGAGGAUUGACUAUGAUCUUCACGUCUUCUCAAGCAAGAGCAACGUGUGGAUCACCAAGGCGGUGACGCAGGACCCGUCUUGUGACUGGGAGAGUGCGAAAGCCCAUGGCACUAGCAAGGUGAUCACGCUUGGGGCUGGCAAGCUAGGCUGGGUUGAUAUUUGGCGGGGCAUCCUGGUCUGCGACGUGCUUCACAUUGACCCCGAGCCAGUUCUUCACUUCAUCCCACUUCCUGACCCCAUGGGGAGCAACAAGAUGGACUUUUUCGACACAUGUCAACGGUCCACGCGUGAUGUCAAUUGUAGCGAUGGUUCUAUCAAGUUUGUGGAGGUGGAGUUUCUGAGCGACGACGAUGAGGCCAGUGAUGGCGACGACGGUGAGGCCAGUGAUGGCGACGACGACGGUGAGGCCAGUGAUGACGACGACGGUGAGGCCAGUGAUGACGACGACGGUGAGGCCAGUGAUGACGACGAUGAGGCCAGCUGGGACUCCCCUGAGCGCAGCUGGACGGCCACCAUGUGGAAGAAGGAGACUCUUUUCGGGGACUGGCAGCCACUUCACUCUGUUGACGUUGAUGACAUCUCGGUGUGCGCAAGUCACUCUGAUAUAGUGCCUGAGCUCUGGGACGACAUGACCAGGAAGCCGUCAUUGGCCAAGCUGAUAACUGCUUCUCCCACUCUGACAUUGCUCGAUGAUAGUGUUGUUUACAUGAUGUGCAAGGCUAGCUAUGAGGAUCCAAGAGCAUGGAUGAUCUCCGUUGACAUGAAGACCAAGGAAAUGGUACAGGUAUUCCCAUUUUGCGCUGAUCGGGUCUGCAACGUCACUGUAAAUUACCAUCCAUUUGCUUUCUCCAGAUACCUGACUGCACCUCCGGGUACGUAGACAUGCUAUUUGAAUCGUUCUGGUGUUGUUACAGAUUGAGUUUAGUUGUACAGGAGCACUACCUAUUAUUUGUAUAUUUAUGAUGUGGUUACUGAUUACAUGCAGUCAUGUAGAUGACAUCCCUAUUUGUUUAUGAUGUUGCUACUGAUUGCUUCUAGAUACACUAUCUCUUUUCAUCGAGUGGGUCUUCUGUGACUUGUAUAUUUCUGU